AUGGAAUCUCCGGCUGAAAUGGAGGCACAAAAGAACGACGGCGGGCGGAGACCACCGGUUAUUUCGCCGGCGUUGGAGGCAAUGCUAAGGAAAUUCCACGCGGGGUAUUUUCGGAUCGGAAUGUCUAUAAGCGGGCAAGCACUGAUAUGGGCAAUGCUGGCGGAAGAGAACCACGGUCCGAUUCAUCGAACGGUUCUCCUUGUUCUGUGGUCCCUCGCUUUCUUUAUUCUUUUUCUUCUCUCUUUUCUUUACCUCUUGAGAUGCGUCUUUCACUUCCCGUUGGUUCAGUGCGAAUUUUUUCAUCAUGUUGGGGUUAAUUACCUAUUUGCCCCCUGGAUUUCCUGGUUCCUUUUGCUCCAGUCCAUGCCCUUUCUGGACACACCAAACUUUGUCUACAUGAUUCUGUGGUGCGCUUUUGCAAUCCCAGUUGUGAUUCUGGACGUGAAAAUCUACGGGCAGUGGUUCACCGAAGGAAGGCGGUUCCUAUGCAUCGUUGCGAAUCCGACAAGCCAGCUGUCGGUAAUCGGAAAUUUGGUGGGCGCGCAGGCGGCGGCCAAACUGGGAUGGAAAGAGAGCGCCCUGUGCUUUUUUUCACUGGGCAUCGUUCAUUACUUGGUGUUGUUCGUGACACUUUAUCAACGAUUCUCCGGCGCGAAUCGGCUGCCGUCCAUGCUCCGGCCGGUGUUCUUUCUUCACAUAGCAGCGCCAAGCGUGGCGAGCGUGGCAUGGGAAUCAAUAAACGGGGGUUUUGAUAUGACGUCAAAAAUGCUAUUUUUUCUGUCACUGUUUAUAUUCAUGGCACUAGCUUGUAGACCUUUUCUAUUCAGGAGAGCAAUGAAGAGAUUCAAUAUAGCGUGGUGGGCCUUCUCCUUUCCACUAUCUGCGCUUGCUCUUGCCUCCGUUGAAUACCAUCGCCACAUCCAAACUCUCCCUGCCAAGCUUCUAAUGCUUCUUCUUCUUGCCCUUUCGGUUCUCGUCGCCCUCCUCCUCUUCCUCAUUACCUUGCUUAACUCCGACGUGCUCUCAUUGGACGACGACACCCUUUACAAUCUCCCCAGCAACCAUUUGGAUUCAUCUCUUAAAAGAACCCCAACCUCCAACAGCAUCAACUGAAUCUGAGCC